AUGACUUCAGCUGGGUCUCCACACACCUGCACCAAUCAAAGACCGAAUCGCAUACAGCUCCAAACGCCGAAGCGGUUUGCGAUUUGGUCUGCGAUCUACGGAUACCAGACUUGUCCAACUCCAGACGACAACACCUCGAGUUCGCGAUCCCGACAGACGAGAAACAUGUCAGUCACGCUGCACACAAACUUGGGCGAUCUGAAGAUCGAGGUCUUUUGCGAAAGCGUCCCCAAGACAGCAGAGAACUUCCUCGCCCUCUGUGCCUCCCACUACUACGAUGACUCGCCGAUCCACCGCAUGAUCCCCAAGUUCAUGGCCCAGACCGGCGCGCCCGCGAACCCCUCGCCGCCCGAGAAACCGAAAGGCGGCGCCUCCAUCUGGGGCGGCACCUUCGAGGACGAGAUCCGGCCCGCCCUGAAGCACUCGGCCCGCGGCGUCGUCUCCAUGGCCAACAAGGGCCCCGCGACUAACGGCUCGCAGUUCUUCGUACUGUUCGACAAGGCGCCGCACCUGGACGGCCUGAACACUGUGUUUGGCCGCGUCAUUGGCGACGAGGGCAUGCUGACGCUGGACCGGAUUGAGGCGGUUGAGGUUGACCGGAAGAACCGGCCCAAGGAACCUGUCAAGAUUGAGAGAGUUACCGUCCAUGCGAACCCGCUAGCUGGUUGAGAAAACAGCCCAAAAACCUGCUGUGUGUGGGAAGGGGACGAGUUGGUGUGACAGGGGACGAUGAGGAAUCCCCGCGAAGAUCUCGCUGUUUCUGUGAUACCCAUACGACUUGAUAAAACGAACAUGUUCCACGGGGCACUUUGGACGACAUACCGGCCCGCUAUCCGCGAGACCUGGCUAUCCAUGAACCCGACGACCCGUUUGUCCCGACAAUGCCUUCGUCUGCGAAACUAGUGUUCCCCCAGCCGAAUGACGCCUGCUGAGACGGCCCCCCUCCAUUACCAAAACAACAACGACAACCCAUGGAACCCGUCCAGCCCAGUUCCUUCUCCACUCUAUCCGCCUUUUUGUCCUGAGAGAGACGGAACCCCCACCGCCGAGAUUCUAGAACUAGAAUCUUGCUAGAAUGGCGAGACGGUAGAAGGGUAAAACGGUAAAAGGCCGAAGCCGAGGGAAAAGGGUACACGCUGCACGUAGAAACUCUUCUGUUGUCGACGCCCGCGGUCCAGAACCUUGACCCCCUCCCACAUGGCCAGAGCAGUCGCAAGAAGGGGGGCGGGGGGUCGGCGCACUAUUACGUAGACACGUAGCAUUCGGAUUACUUCCAAUGGCGUCGAGUUUCUCACUGGAGCCUCUCGCUGGGGCACACCAUCACGACACAUCAAGAGACGGAACCGGAUUGCGUAGACGUCAGCUGCCUUGUCUCGUUACCUGUACCCAUGUUGCCCAGACGCCGCCGGCAGCCAGCCGCACUGCUCCUGAACCUCACAGCCGUCAAGUGAAGAGUCAUCGAUUCCUCGGCUGAGCGGCAUUCCCGGCCAAUAUCAACCUCGGAUUCCCCGCAACACUGCACAACGGCGUGGCGUCUUCAUGCUUGCAUCGUGACGGCUGAGCUGACCAAACCUGAACAUCACACCGAUCAGUCCUUUCCGGACCAAGUCACACAAAGCAUUCCAAGUCACGCCAAACCAGAUAGAAAUCGUUCGUAAAGACCAGCGUUUGGAGAGCUCCUAACCGAAGCGGCGAGUCUAAUUCUACAAAAAAGAAGAGAAAUCCGUCCCAGAAAGUCCUCGCCCUUCUCGGCCAUGCCUGAGUGGAUAAGACCUUGAGCGACUCACUCGCUCACUCAUCCAGAGACUGUGUGUUUGAUUUCAUCGACGCAAACUCCUCCCUCCCGACUCACCCCUCCCUACCCAGACAAACAGAGGGAAAAGUGACGAAAGAAAACAAAUGCCACAUUCCCCCCCAUGUGGACAAUAUGGCUUUCCAUACGCGCAGCAACAAAACCAGCCGCCUCCCAGUAUCUGCCUCAAACGAGAGACAAUAGACACAUUGAGGAAAAAAAAAAGGAAAACAAGAGAAGAACCCCGGCCGUUUUGUGUCAUUAAGCAAAGAUGAUUCAAGGCCGUACAUCACCAAUCGGUUUAGUGAUGGCCAAAGGAAAGUCAUGAAAAAGUGCCAAGCGAUGGAUCGUCCUUCGUUCCAUCAGCUAUCAACCCACCCGUCGCCGUUUGUUACCGCGAUCAGGGCUUCCGUUGAGUCCGUCAAAGUUUUCUCGCGGGAUCUCCUCAGUUCCGGUAGAGCUCGGCGUGCCGUUGACGUUAGUGCCGCCUUGGUUGAUGCCAGACCCGUCAAGUGUGAAGUUGAAGUCGUCUCCGUCGCCGUUGAAGUUGACACCGGGGUAGGCAUUGUCACCCUGGAACGCAUCCGUGUUCAAGAACUGGUCAAUGUCCAGAUCGCCGUCAAAGUAGCCGUUGGCGUUCCCGGCCUCCUCGAUGCCGGGUAUGCGACCAGACGGGCUGAGCGGUCCAAGCAUGCUUGAGAGGUGGUCCAACUUGGCCGCCUGCUCUUCUUGCAUGCGAUGCAGCGCGGCGAGGUCUUCCUGGUUGAAGUUGAUUUGCUGCAGUGAAGGUGGCGGCGCCGCAGAACCCAUAAUGGGGGACAGCGAAAGGCCUGAGGCGGCAGGCAUGGGAGGCGUUUCGGGGGUCGCGGUAACCGAUGGCGCAGGCGGAUUGGGAGAGGCUGAGACCGAGGGUUUGGCAGACCGGGGGGCGUUGGUAGAGGGCGUGGCUGACCGACCUGCCAUUGCAUUGAGCAUCAUGUUCCGCUGGUCACUGCUCAUUGUCGCAGGGGUGUUAUUGACGACUUCAGGGAGGUCAAUGCCGGAUGAGUUGUUGGCAUUGGUAUUGUGGAUGAUUUUCAUCAUGCUCUCGUGGGGAUUGGUCUCGAGCUCCUGCGCUAAGUAGUUGCUGGGCGAGGUAUGGUCUCCGGGGGGGGUAUCAAAGAGUUCCGUGACCGUCCCCAUCUCGCGACUGUAUGGCUGAGGCGUGGACGAGGCGGACACCGGAGAUGGAGAAACCGUGUUGGCACGUGCAUUGGGAAUAGGGGGCAGAAUCGCAUGCCUACGCUUCGCAAGGUUCAUGUUGUUUUUGCUGCUGCUGGCCGAGUUCUGUGCUGCUUGGACGUAAUCGCCCAAGUCGACAACGCUUCCUUGCGGAACCGAAGUGGCGUUGUUGCCAUUCGGGAUGAUGCUCGCCAAAAGAUCGUUUACACUUUGAGGUCCGGCUUGGUCUUCGAGUGUCUUCCUAAACACGUUGGCCAAGAAGUUCAAAAUGGCGUUGAUCGAAUUCUGAUGCCGAUCGUGUUGGCUCUGGAAAACAACGGCUUGCUGAUACAGCGCCGAGUUAUCUUGUUGGAUUCGUUGAAUGGCCGUCAUGAUCAUCCGUUGUUGCUCCCGCACCUUGGCCAGCUCUUCACGAAUCAGCACCAUCUCCUUCUUCUGGAGGGGCAUGUCGCUAGGGGAAGGCAAGGCCUUGCUCGCAGGGGUGCUGGUGGCUCCGAAGCCCUGGCCCAUUGCGUCUUCGGCGACGACGACGUCCUCCUCGCUGUCGCCUUCGACCUCGGCGUUCUUGCCGCCCUUCUUGCCCUUAUUCCCGCCCUUGGGCUUGUUGAUGAGCCAGAGCAGGUUCGGGUGCCCCCGUCGGAAGAACGGGUUUGAGUACUCGCUCGGACUCUUGUUCUUCCGCUCACUCGCGCGCAUCGAGUUAUCUGACAGACCGACACGCUUGUGGAAACCGUACAUGUUGAGCUGUCGCACGAACGAAGCAUAGUUGUUGUGCUUGAAAAGGUCCGGGAUCAGCUUCUUUGCAAACUCGUCCUCAUCGAGAACGACGAACGAGUCGCCUUUCUCGGACCACCGAAUCAGGUCGGAAUUCUUGUCAUCGUCUAGGAAGCUGUGCAAAUGUUAGUAUUCGGCAGCCAGUCAGUCCCCUCCCACCUCCCACAGACGCGCUGUCGGCGCUUGUGGGAGAUGGCGCCUCUAACUGACCUGCUUAAUUUCUGCACGAAGGGCGGGAUCUGCUUCCGCUUCUGCUGCGCCUCCCUCAUGGCCUUGCGGGCCAUCUCCUCCAAGACCUCGAUGUUGUCGGUCUCGGUCAUAGUUCCGUUUGCUUGCUGCUGUAGGAGCGCAGAGUCUUCACCGCCGAGAGACCAGGGGUCACUUGGCGAGUCAAAGUUCUGCCUCACACCGGUGGGAACAAGUGCUCUGUUCAUCUGUCUCCUGGCAAGGGCAUUGUUGGGGUUUGGUGUGGGCGGCACGAACUGCUGCUGUUGCGGGCCGGGAACGAUCCCGUACGAGUUGAUGGCCUGGGCCCCGGCUCCAUCGAUGAGGCCAUUUGCAUCCGCCGCUCCUCCCCAUCGCAAGAACGGGUCACCGGUUGGGUUGGGGAAUGUCGGCUGUUGCACCUGAGGCAUCGGCAUGGCGGGCGUUGAUUCUGGCGCGGGUCGUUUUCGAGGGUUCAGAGACAUGGGAAUGUGCAUGCGGUGUAGGUAUAGGCGGGUGUUGGAGGCGGAGGCCGUUGGGUAUCGGCCAAGUCGCCAGGUGAUGCAGGGCCUCGAGACGAGCGCGAUGGCUGCCGCGGGGGAACGUCUGUUCAGCGAGGCUCGUUUGGCUCUUCGCGGGCCGCGUGGGCGGUGAGUUCAGGCUGCAGGAUGCCGAGUACAGCCUCGCCGAGGGCAAGCAAACCGCCUCUUGGAUGUGGCUGUCAAACAGCAGAGGCCAAAGCCGGAUGUAUGGAUGAAUCGGUCGUGAUGGUGCAGAGGGAAUCGGGCAGACGCUUGUCGCAUGCGCAAAACCGGCUCUGCGUGGGAUUGAUGAGAGGUGGUCGUCGGGAAGUCGCGAUGGCUGCAGGGCGUGGUGGAUAAAGUACGGUUGCUAGUCUAUAUACGUCGUCGGUGCCGUCGUCGCCGUCGCUGUGGUCGUCGCCGCCGCCCGUGACAAUGUUUCUAUGUCACGACAGGGGAUUGAAAGGCAGGCUGUGGACCCUUGAAUCAAUCGCCAAAAGUGUGGUAGAUGCCUCGCAAAGGAAGUCUAUUGUGAAGAAAAACACCAACAACAAUAGUUGGAACUACAGUUCGGCAAAGGAGCCCUUGUCGCGAUAAGUCUGGCUUGAGUUUCGGCGCAAGGAUACGAUUGUCUUGAUCGCGGAGGAUGCUGCGAAAGCUCUGAAUGGGAGGUUCCGCUUCUUUUGGUGGGAAAGGUGAGGUCGUGGUUAGGUAAGUCAAGGUGAGGUAAGGCGCAAGGCGUCAGGCGUCAGUGGUGGUUCGGAAGGUAUGCUUGAGACGGUGGUGCUUGGUGCUCAGUGCUGUGCUGGCUGCUGGCUUGCGGGCGUAGCGCGUUGUCUCUCACUCUCUCUCACACACACACACACACACACUUUUUUUUUUGGUGGGGGUGGAUGAUGUCGCGUCCUCCACGUUUUGUGGAUGAUGGAUUGUCUUGGUAGUGAGAAGGUACAGAAAAGCAGCGUCUCUAAAUGCCUAGAAACACUUUGAGACACCUAAAGGCGAAGGCAGCGUCUGCCGUAUAUAGAAAAAUAUAAUAAAAAGACAGACGGAGGAAUGUCUCUGCACGAGUGAGAACCUAAACCUCAAAGAGUCAAGAGUUGGAAUUGAAGCUGUCUCUGGUCCGAACAUAAUGGGAUGAUAUGCCUCCUGUUAUCAAUGAUUUAUCUAGGUAAGCGGGACUACUGCUCAAGGCUACU